GCAUGGAGCACGUUUAUCAUUUUUCAUGCCACAUUAAAUUAAUUUCCUUUUAUUCCAGUGAGCGAGGUGAAGCAGACGAACACCGAUGGCGAAGAAAACGUACUUAGGAAUAUAUAUUUGCGAGACAAAUUCAAGGACCUCCAGGGCACACUGGAGAACGAACUGGGUAACAUGAUAGACCGACAACUGAGGGACUUCAAGGAGGAGAAUUUACCUGUGGCCGGAGGGUUGGCGACGGCCACUGCUUCCUCUUUCACUUCUGCGCUCACCAGAUCACACAGUCUAAGCAGAGGCUCCAAGAAGGGCAAUGGUCAGCUUCCAAGCAGAAUGUUCAUAUCUCGCCCGUCAUUGCUAAAGGAGCUCUUGGCUGUGAACCACAUAGAGAGCAUUUACCACAUUUUUGUAGCCAUUUUGAUAUUGCUCUUCUUCAACAAAGUGCUGGAGGAAAUCAUACAGACUGGGAGCUUAAACCUUGAUUUAUCACUUAUCAUCUGGGCCUUUGGUGGACUUGACCGGGUGAUUGUCAUAUGGGUGUGCAUGUUCACAAGUACAUCAGUCUUGGUAUACCUCGCUUUCCACCAUUGGGCUCACCACAGACAAAAUAUGCCAGUGAUAUAUGAUGGAGUUGGUGGAGUGGCUUAUGUUGUGUAUUUGGGGCUGUUCCUUCACCUUCCUCUAAAAAGCCUAAUUGCAAAUGAACUUCCCCCUGCAUCGUCUUUCAUUGUCCUUUGUGAACAAGUUAGAAUGUUCAUGAAAACUUGGGCAUUUGUAAGAAGUAAUUAUGAACGUGCUGUGAAAUAUAAGAAGGAUGAUAAUGCGCAGUCUGUGAAUCUUUGCCCAGAUUUCUCGCAUUAUCUUUACUUCCUCUUUGCUCCCACUCUGGUGUACAGAGACGAAUACCCGAGAAACGAUACUUGCGACUGGCAGAGUGUAUUCAAUGACCUGAGUCAGGUCAUUGGUUGCCUGUUUUACACUCAUUUCCUUUUUGUUCGAUUUUGCAUUCCUGUUUUCCAAAAGUUUGGUCAAGAGUCCUUCAAUGGGACAAACUUGCUGGUGGCUGUGUUUUCCUGCAUGUUUCCAGGGUCAUUGGUACUUCUUUGUGGAUUCUUUGCAGUCCUUCAUGCUUGGCUGAAUGCCUUCGCAGAAAUGAUGCGCUUUGCUGACAGAAUGUUUUACAAGGAUUGGUGGAACUCAACUUCGUAUGCCAGAUUUUACCGCACAUGGAAUUGUGUGGUUCAUGACUGGCUUUAUGAAUAUGUGUAUAGAGAUGUUGUAGCAUGGCAGAGAAAGCAUGGUGAAAGCUGUGCAAGACUCCGAUGCUUCCCAAUGUUGGUAGUUUUCUUCAUAUCAUCUGUGGUGCAUGAAUACAUUCUGUCUUUUGCAUUUAGAUUCUUCUAUCCUGUGCUACUUGUCAUGUUUGGAGGCUUUGGAGUUGCUUUCAUGUUCGUGAACAGUAAAGCCCGUCAGUUCAACAUCUUUUUGUGGGUGACGCUUAUAUUUGGCACAGGAAUCUUGAUGUGUCUCUACAGCAUGGAAUGGUAUGCUCGGAUAAACUGUCCAGCUGUCCAUGAGGGUUUUGUUGACUACUUAGUCCCAAGGAGUUUAUAUUGCAAGUUCUCUGCAGAAGCAUAAUAAAAAAAUGUUUUAGACAUGAAAGUAGAUUAUAUUUUACUGCUUCUGAUAUCUUUCUUGCUACCACAGUACCUGGUCUCAAUGAGUUAUGAAACUCCUCUCUGUAAUACUAGAGAGUGUAGACAGGUGGUGAUAGAUCGUAAAAAUAUAGUGUUAAGUCACGAAGAGAAACAAAAUGUUGAGUUUCAAUUAUUUUGAUAUUCUAUAACCUUCCACUUUUAUACAUGUUUGUUGCUAUAGCUUCUGUAGACUGAUGUUUUAUAAGUUGUAUAUGAAGUAGUUAUUUUCUGGAGAUAUUGUUAAAUUUGAGGAAGCUUAUCACCUAUUUAUUACUUUGCUCUGAGAAGCCCUUUGCUUAACAUUAUCUUUAUAGGAUUCUGAAUGUAAGAAGAAAUUAACUUUAAUAUUUCUUGAUUUUAUUUUAAAAAGAAAAGAAUUAGUGUGAGAAACUGUACAUUUUAUUGCCUAUGAAUGUGUAAAUAUUCAAAGCCUCUUACACUGUGAUAGAAAUAACAGGGGGUUUACAUAUCAAAAGUUAUUUUUAACUUAUAUACAAUAUGUAUUGCAUGCAUUAUUCAGUACAAAAAUAUUGUACAUCUCAGUAUUUGUUAUUGUUUAGUUUUUGUUGUUCGGUGAUAGGCUUAGAUCUUCACUAAUGAAAAUUACUAUUUAAGCAUUAGAAAAGUAAUUUGAAUUUCACUUCAUUCUCUUUGAAUGUGUUCAUUAUUUUUUUUUUUUUUAUUAAUUGUUCAGAAUUCAUAUGAUGAUAACAUGAACAGAUAUUACCUGCUGCUUGUUAUAAAGAUUAGGAUAUGAAUAGACAUGAAGUGAUAUGCAUUUAAAUAAACAUUUGAUUAUGAAGUUCUUUCCAGUUUAAUAACAAAAAACAAAAAGAAAAGUUCAGUCCCUUUUUACAUGUUGCCAUAUAUAGAGUAACUAAUAACUUCUUUGGUUAUUUUCCAAGGUAAAUUUUCAAGAGAAAUAUAUCAUGAGCAGCAAUUUCUUGCUGAUUUUACUGUGUGGUUAUAAAGGCAUUUUUUCUUAUUAUACCUGGAUUGAUAAUGAACUUAUGUACAAAUCAUAAGCUAUUUGUGCCUAGAUUUUAUGCAAACCAGUUUUGUAGAAUCUAGUGAAAAGAUAUUUGUAAAUAUGAACUAUACAAUAUACAAGAUCUUCAGAAGGGAUGAAAUUUGCUAUAUUUUCAGUCCAUAUGAGCAAUAACCAUCUAGUUUAUAUUCUAUAAGAUGAGUCAACCAGAUGCAAUCAGUUUGGCUUGUAACGUCACAGCAAGCUGUGUGAUAUGUUUCUUUUGUUGAGCUACUUCCAUAUUCAUGAUUUUUUUUUUUUUCAGGCAUAUGUACAAUUUUAUGAUUUAAAGGCUCUUCAGAAAUUAUUAAAUUUCUUAUGGAUUUUUGAGCAGCAUAAAUAUUUGUUUAAAAAAAUAAGUACUUCCCUCUAAUUUUGAUUUUAGGAUUUUUUUUUAUGGAACUGCCAGACGCAGUGUAUGCAAGAAAUUGAUAACAAUAAAUAACUGUUUAGAUAUAAUACUGUUAUGAGUGAAUCAGUGGCUGAAUGGUUUCUAUGCAUCUUUUUGUGAUCUGCUUGUACCAAAGUUAUGACAUUUCUUAAACAUGACAAGAUCUGCAAUAAAAACAAAAACUUUUA